AUGGAGGACGAGCGCGUGUCGAUAGUGGUUGAGUCAAGAAACGGCGCUGCGAGACAAACAGCUGCUUACGGCGCCGAACCAAUGCGCGACGUCGCUGGAGACGUCGCAGGCGAGUCGCACGCCGAAAAUGACGACUUAACCACGUCGCCGUUCGACGAAACGACAGGCGGAAGCGGAGCCGCCAUCGACGGCAUCUCGGCUGAUCUCUCGACCAACCGUCGCCGGCGGCGGGGCCUUUGGCGAGCGUUAAUAAACAAACCGACAGAUGCCACGGGAACAGACGACCAACUGGAAAGGAAGGGUCUGUGGCAAGGAGCUCCAAGCGCGCACAUUUCGUGCAUACCUUGCGGCUCGUACAGAAAGGCCACUGGCGGGGCCGCUGAUCACGACGGCGACGAAAAAGGAGACCGAGGCACGUCCUGGCCUAAGCUUCCGAAAUCGCUUUCGGGAAGUAGUGGUAGCCGGAGCGGACGAGGAGGAGACGGCGGUGAGGACAGCAAGGAUAUCGAAGCGGCGAUCCGCGUGCGAACCGCCGACUUCGACGCGAAGAGCGAGAACCACUACGUGAUCGUGAUCCACGGGACGUUCGACGCGCCGCCGGCGGACGGCGCGCCGACGUGGUACCAACCGCCGGCGCCCGGCGAGCAAAACUUUUGUCGGAAGCUCAGCCGGCUAUUUGCGCUGGGACCCAUCGGCGAGGAUGCCAUCUGGCGCGACUUGCCGUGCUCCGCGCUCCCGGGAAUCCCGUACCCGUUCCACUGGGACGGCACCAACACGCACCUGGGCCGCGUCACUGCCGCUAUGAAGCUGCACAAUCUGAUCGACCAAAUCGCUCAGAACGACCCGGCAGCUCGGAUCCACCUGGUGGCGCAUUCUCACGGCGGCAAUGUGAUGCUCAAGACGAUCGAACUGUACAUGGCGAAGUUGGGGCGGCGGUCGAAGAACGAGUGGCACCCGGUGGUGGCGCGGCAGUUUUGGGCGGCGCACAGGCGGAGCUACGAGCUGAUCAAGAGGUGGCGGCGCAUCGACAUGCGCGGGUCGUGGUGGCGCUUCUUCCCCUUCCUCGUCGUGUUCCGAGGCUUCAAUGGGCAGAGAACAACAGGAGUGAAGGAGAGCUACCCGUGGGCGUACCAGCAGUGGCUGGACUCGCUGCUGCGCCUCCCAGCAGUGCGGCAGCGGCGCUUCCUGGCGUUCCGCCACGCCACCUCGCCCAUCACCAACGCCCUCGGCGCCCUCGUGUUCCUCGGCACGCCCUUCUACAUAAAAAAGUGGCAGACCAACGGCUUUCUCUGGCUGCUCGUGUCGACGGUGCUCAAUGUGGUGCUGCUGUAUGUCUUCAUUCUCGUCUACACGUCCAUCUGGCAAAUCAUCGUGCUGCUGAUCGCCGGCCGGCCGCAAGACUUCUAUGGCCAGAGUGCCCCUCCUUUCAUCAUUGCCACUGGAAUCAUGCUUCUCAUCAAUGUGAAGCAAGUUAUGGAUGUUCUGCGCACCACAGUGUUCUACAGCGGCAAUCUCUACCACAAGCCAUCCUUUGACUGGUCGCCGGCAAUGUCUGCUCUCGUCAUUCAUGCCGGCAAGCUCGAUGAGGCCAGUCUAGCGCUAUCCAUGGAGCCAAUCACGCGCGCUUACGUCUUCCCCCACCUGACAAAACUCCUGAAGCAGACCCCCUGGGCGCCCUUCCCCAAGCCCCCAACCCGCUACGCACGCCAGGUGGACUGGUGGGCGUUUUUCUUCCACUGCGCCAUCAUCCUCGUGUGGGACACUCUCUUCUUCCUCCCGGCUGCCAUCAUGUCCGUGUGCUCACACAUCAUCGCGCCCAUUGUCACGGGAACACUUCAGAAGAUGAUUGUGACGGUCAGCUUCGGGCUGUCCCCGGGGGAUCUGAACUACGCGUAUAUUUAUGUGGAUGAGCACUUGGAUCUGGACCUGGCUACCCAGCAAGUCGACCACUGGAACGUUCAGAAACUGCUGGCAGAGGCGAAGACCAAGUCACUCAAGGGAGAGUUGAUGCCCGGCUAUGAGGAUGACACAGUGGAGCAACCCGAGUGGCUCGAGCCCGUGCUACACUCCCCCCACCAGCCCUCACACCUGCGCUCCCCACGUGCAGCUACACCAACAGGAGCAGCAGCAUCGGCAGCAGCUGCUUCUGCUGGUUCUCCUGUUGAUUCCUUAACGUCUCCCCGCGGCAUGCAGCAGACUCAGGGCGCGUUCGGGAGACCAAGGAGCAGGAAGGGGGUCAGGGGCGGGAGGCUGACAACGCUGGCUGCAGUGGCAGAGGCAGCAAUAGAAGCAAAUGAAAGGGGGGUGAGUUUCUGGUCACCUGAGAGAGAACCACAGGUAGGAGCAGCUGUAGGGGUGCAUGAGAGGGAGGGGGUAGGAGCAGCAGCAGGGGGCUAUCAGAGGGAGCAGCGAGGGGAUACUGGAACAGGGGAGUUUGAGCAAGCCCGAGCAGGGGUAGCUGUCAUGGCAGAACAAUCACAAACCUUCCAGCGGCUCAAGUCCCAAAUGAACAAGAUCGGCCGCAACCCGCGGCUGAGCGAGCGCGAGUUUGAGCGGCAGUUGCAGCAGCUGUGCGUCAUGAUCGAGGAGCGGAUGGGAGAGCUGACGGGCCGGUUCGACCUCAACCACGGGGCAUAUUUCCGCGACCCACGCAUCCUGCGUGUCAUCGCGCAUUUCAUUGAGACAAGGGAGCUGCCGGAGUGGUCCAAAGGGAUUGACGGGGAUAUCUGGCGGUGGAAUGAGAAUCUGGCUAAGAUCCAGUCGAAGCAGCUGCAGCAGAUGGCCAUGGGGGGUGGUGGGGGCGGAUCGGGAAAUUCGGAAGGUUUGGGAGGUUCGGGAGGGAAGGUCGGAGAGAGCUCGUCAAGAGAAAAGGAGCUUAUUGGUGGCUCUAGUGGUGCUGCGAAGCUGAAGUCUCUGAUUAAGAGUAUGCGAGGAGGGAGCGGGAGGGAAGGCGGGUUCAAGGGGUCAUCAACUCCCAGCUUUGAUAACAUUGACUUCAAUGCUGCUGAUGGGUCUGGCUCCGUAGGCUCGGAAGGAGGCUCGGUACGAGGCAUGUCAAGUUUCAGUGGCUUGGAGAGCGUCAGGGGCAAGGCAGUCAGCUUCGGCGUGUCUGGGGCGCCUCGGCCGAAGCUGGAGUUGCCGAACCUGAAACCCGCGGCUAUUGCAGCUCCUUUAAAAAAGAUAAGGUCGACGGUGGCUGGUGUGGCAUCUACAGUGUCGUCUACAGUGAAUGUUACGCGGCAUCAAGGGGAUGCUGCUCUAGCAGGCCGGAUUCAGCAUCCUCAGUAG